AUGUUGAAUCAGUUCCCACUCGAGGUCUUGGUGCACGUCCUCUCCUUCUUGGACCGGGACCAUCUUCAGGCUGUCCGCCUCGUCAACAGGGCCCUGGCCAGCAAAGUUGGGCCUUUCUUGUUUCGAACCAUCCAUGUCUCGUAUCUCACACUAAAACGACUCGUCGACAUCAGUCAUCACCCUACACUUUGUCAGGCCGUCGAGGAGCUUCGGUACCAGGAGUUCAGCUUUGACAUCAAUGUCGAUGACGAGACGUGGAACCAGCCAGAAACCCCUCUAGCACAUAGACUGCACAGGAACGAGGGCAUGACCAGCAUGAUCGCCGAGUUCAUUGUCAAACGCAAGAAACUGGCCAUCGACUACACGGGAGAAGACUCGGAGGCGUCGGGUCUGGACGAAGGCGAUACCGCAUUAGCUGAGGCGGAGCGAAGACCCAGUGACGACGACAUCCGAGACAUGAUAUCUGCAGUCAGAGGCAUGUACGCCGAUACGGCGCACUCCCAAAAGCCCCAUUUCCUCUAUGGAUUCUUUCGCGAGAUUUUUCAACGCCUCCCCAAUCUCCGGCGAGUCAUCUGUGUCGAGGCCGAGACUGACGCUGAUUGCCUCGCACUGGAUUCUUCAUGCUUGGAACAAAUGGGCGCUUUGAAACGCCUCAGGCAAGUCUUCCCCCUGCCAGACUAUGGUGUCAGGUCCUGGCUCCAACCCGACGUACGGCACUGGCCGUCGCAUGGGUUCAUGGGCGCCUGGCGUGCUUUGAGUGACCCAACGCUGGACACUGGUAUCCAACACCUCGAAAUCCGACGAAACAGCAAUCUAUUCCUCCAGCGCGGCGUCUUUGUGCAGGAUCUGGGACCCGAUGCCGAGAACCUCGAACACGGCUUUCGUAACCUGACCGUCCUCUGCCUCUGCCUCGAGGUGAAAACCCUGUCCCCACUGAAUGCGAUCCCCCAUGCCCACGUCCUAGCCACAGCCCUCGCCCGGGCGUCGAACCUGAGACGGCUCGAGCUCUGCUUCAUGUCAUACAGCUUCAGCCUCCCCUCUGUGCUCGGCACCUCGUAUGGAGAGCCCACGCACGUGGGGAUCCCGUUCGGUGACGCCGACCGUGGUCGAGACAACGUCUUGCCCUUUGUCUCGUUUCCGUUCCUCGACACGUUGGUGCUCGAGGAAGCCGACUUUACCGCCGACCAGAUCUGCGCGUGGCUGUUCAUGCAACCGAGACUGAGACAUCUGAUUCUGAGAAGACCGUACCUGCGGGGGCGGUGGGAGGACGUGGUCGAGAGGUGGUCGUCAAACCCGGAUUUUACGCUCGACUCGCUUGAGCUGGUCAGCCCCUGGGACCACGACAAUCGAGACUUGGAAGAGGACACGCAACACAUGGACAGGGUGCAGGUUCCGGCGCGCGUGUCAAGCGGUGCCGUCCUCGACUUUGUCAAGCGUGGCGGCACGAACCCUUUUGCACGCCGGCGGUGGAAGCUAUUCUGUGGCUCGGAGGGGAGGACGAGGGAUCCCGACGCUUCUGCCACUGCCACUGACGCCACUGCCGACGACGACAACCUAGAUGCCUACUCCGAUAUAUCCGAGUGGUUACCCGCGGACCAUCCCACGCCUGUCGAAGACCCCGACGGGCCCGAAUUCGACGAAGACUAUGACUUUGACGCCGAGCGAGACAGCGACAUGGAUAUGGACAUGACUUUGUGA